AUGCACAAACUUUUAAGGCUGCAAAAGUUCUUGGAAACUCACAAAUCCUUCAUGAAGAAGAAAGCAGAACGCAUUUUUGAAGGCAAGAAAGAAAAUGAAGCACAUCUUAAGGACAUAUACACCGAACUGUUCAUCACCGAGGGAGACGUUGAAGACAUCAAUCGAGAACAUGAGAUUAUGAAGAUGGAUGAUUCUUUUAAAACCAAGAAAGCACAGGACAGAUCGAUCAAAUGUAAUGACAUAUUCCACUUGCUGAGGGAAAAUAAUGAGAGGAAGAUUGUGCUGACCAAGGGCAUUGCUGGCACUGGAAAAACCAUCUCUGUACACAAGUUCAUUCUAGACUGGGCCGAAGGAAAAGCCAAUCAGGAUAUACACUGCUUAUUCCUGCUUCCAUUCAGAGAGAUUAACGUGAUUAAAGACAAAAAGCUCAACCUCCAUGAGUUUCUACAGGUAUUUUACCCUGAACUGAAACACUUGGCGAAUUCAAAGUUAUACACCAAGUGUAAUCUAGCACUCAUAUUUGAUGGACUUGAUGAGAGCCGACUGUCUUUAAAUUUUGAAAGUGGAAUUCUGUCGAGUUUUGAGGAAAGAUCACGUGUAGAUGUGCUUUUUACAUGUCUCAUUAAAAAGACAUUGCUUUCGUCAGCACUCAUCUGGGUGACCUCGAGACCAGCAGCAGCCAAUCAGAUCCCUCCUCAAUAUGUAGGUUUGUUCACAGAGGUGCGAGGAUUCACUGAGCAACAGAAAGAGGAAUACUUUAGAAGGAGAAUCAAAGAUGAGAAACGAGUCUCCACGAUCCUCUCGCACAUUAAAACAUCUCGUACUCUCUUUAUUAUGUGCCACAUUCCUGUGUUUUGUUGGAUCACGGCUACGGUACUUCAGAAUAUUCUCAUCAGGAGCAACACAGGGACAAUCAGAACAACUCUCUCUGAGAUGUACAUUCACUUUUUACUCAUACAGAUGAACAUGAAGAGCCAGAAGUAUGAUGGAAGAGAAGAAAGGGAACGUAAAAAGCUUUUAGAUUCAAACCGAACAAUGAUUUUGAAGCUAGCUAAGCUAGCAUUUGUACAGCUGAAAAAGGAGAACAUUGUGUUCUACGAGGAAGACCUAAGAGAAUGUAUUAUUGACUUGAGCGAAGGGUCAGAGUCCACAGGAAUGCUGACUGAGUUAUUUCUGAAGGAAGAUGGACUUCAUGAAACGAAGGUCUUCUGCUUUGUGCAUUUGAGUGUUCAGGAGUUCCUCGCUGCCGUGCAUGUGUUCCUUUGUUAUCUGAGUAAGAAAAACGAGGAGCUUCGGUUUUUCUUUGACGAGCCAGUAAAAGAAAUCAGACUGCAAGAUCUGCUACAGAAUGCAAUUAAUAAAACUACUCAGAGUGGGAGAGGGCAGCUGGACCUGUUCCUGCGGUUUCUGUUGGGCAUUUCAUUGGAAUCCAGUCAGAAACUUCUUGAAGGUCUGCUCCCACACAAAGAGGACACCACAGACAGUGUCUUACAACUAAGUCAAUACAUUAAACAACUACAAGACAGCAACCGAAUCUCAGAGGAAGCUUCGGUCAACCUGUUUUACUGCUUACUUGAGCUGAAGGAUCAUUCUUUAUUGGAGCAAAUUCAGAAGUACAUCAGUACAGAGGAAUAUCCCGGAAGAAAACUCUCACCUUCGCUGUGUUCGGUGAUGACCUAUGUACUGCUCAUGUCAGAAAAGGUGCUGAAUGAGUUUAAUCCAAAGAGAUUUGUGUCAUCGAUUGCAGACUGCAUGAGAUUUGUCCCAGCUGUGGCGUGUUGCAGAAAAGCCCUAUUUGAUGGCUGUAGUCUUGAUGAAACAUGCUGUGAAACGGUGUCUUCAGCUUUACAAUCGUCCAACUCUCAUCAGACAGCACUGGAUCUGAGUAACAAUGACCUGCGGGAUUCAGGAGUGAAUUUUCUUUCUGUUGGACUGAAGAGUUCAAACUGUCAACUGAAUUACUCAGAUUGGCAGGUUGUAGAUUGACUUGUGAGUGCUGUGAAAGCUUGUCUUCAGCUCUGCAAUCUUUAAACUCUCAUCUGAGAGAGCUGGACCUGAGUAACAAUGAUCUGCAGGAUUCAGGA